AUGUCUCUCGUGGAUCAAAUACUUGGCCGAGGAGCAGUGGCGGAGUUCUGUUUGUGGAAAAACAAGAUAAUAUCAGGCAUCGUACUUGUAAUGGCCACAAUUAGCUGGUGCAUAUUGGAGAUCAUGGAGACCCGACUUGUACAGUUCCUAUGUUCAAUCUGGUUACUCUUGAUGCUGCUUCUCUUCAUCUGGGUCAAGUUUGGACAGCUCCUUUUCACUCGGAGACCUCCCACUCCUGAAGAAAUCAGAAAGAGAGGUACCCCAUUUAGAGUCUUAUUUCUAAGGACCGAACGUCUUUUCUUGAGGCUUUACGUGAUUGCAUAUGGCGAAGACAUUAAAACCUCUCUCUGGGCCAUCCUUUAUGUGGCCAUCAUACACACCAUUGGGAGCAAAAUCAACCUCCUCACAAUUUUGUAUAUAUGUCUGGUCAGCUCGAUGACGAUUCCAGUUUUGUACCUGAAAAAUCAAGUGGUCAUUGACAAUUUCAUUGGGGAGCUAUCAGAAGUGAAGAACAAGACACUUCAAAUAUUCCAAUCCAGGGUCACCAAGAAAAAGAAUGUGACGCCUCAAACCCCCACAGCUAAUGCUAAUGGAUCAUCCACGUCCAUGGCCAAUGGACCAUUCACGUCUACUGCUAAUAGACUAUUUACGUCUACAGCUAAUAGACCAUCUACAUCCAUGGCUAGUGGGCCAUCCACGUCCACGGCUAAUGUACCAUCCACAUCCACGGCCAAUGGACCAUCCACGCCCACGACUAAUGGACCAUCCACGUCUAUGGCUAAUGAACCACCUGCACCGACGGCUAAUGAACCACACACACCCACGGCUAGUGGACCAUCUGCGCCCAUGGCUAAUGGACCACCCGCAUCCACGGUUAAUGGGUCAUCAACGGCUAAUGAGCCAUCGGAUAAUGAUGGGCCAAGCCGUCACUCGGUCCGUAGGUUCCGUCUGUUCCGACGGUCGGUGCGUUAA